AUGUUUGGGCACGAGAAGCGACUUCCGUUUCGUUCUGAAAACCUGAUUGUCUACCUUGCCACUUUCGGGAUUGCUCAGCUAAGGCAGGUCAUGUGUGAUAUCGUCCCAAGUCAACGCAAGUCAGUCGCAGUGAAGGAGCGAUACUCCCGAUUUGCGGAGAAUGGUGCCAUCGUCGUUGGGGAGAUGGAAGUGGAUGGGGAGUGGCUGCGCAUCAGCGGGAAUAUCUUCCUGCCGGUGCAAGUUGGACAGAUUCACAUCCUCGAUGAGGUCAUUGAAGCCGAAGACCCUCCUGAACAUCAUGUGCCUCACCCAGAGACCUGGUGGGCGUGCUGCCCAUCAAGUGCCAGCCAAAAGGUUGCAGAAGCAUCUGCUGGUGGGGUCGCACUCCAAAAUCAAGCACAACCCAUGAGAGCAGAACAUAUCGGAACAAAUUGCUAA